CAACAGUAACGUUCAUUGGUUACUGGUAUCUAUAUAAACGGCUGCGACCAUUCGUCGACCUCCACUCACUGAGAACCGUACUCGAGGGUUGUGUAUAGUCACGGUUAAGGGUGACCUGUUUCCUCUGUUUGACAAGCUGUCAUCGUGUUUUGACUUAGUGACCAGUCAGCCGCCAUUAUGAAUCUGCAAGAGGAUAUUAAGACGGAUGAUCCUGAGAUGUACGAACUCAUCUGCCAGGAGAAAGACCGUCAACGCAAGGGACUUGAGAUGAUAGCAUCGGAGAACUUUGCCAGUCGCUCUGUACUGCAAGCCUUGGGUUCCUGUCUUACCAACAAGUACUCCGAGGGUCAGCCCGGACAAAGAUACUACGGUGGCAACGAGAUCAUCGACAAGGUGGAGUUGCUGUGCCAGAAGAGGGCAAGGGAGGCAUUCAGUCUCGACGCUGACCGGUGGGGAGUGAACGUCCAGCCUCUCUCGGGCUCCCCCGCCAACUUUGCAGUGUACACAGCCCUUGUCGAGCCCCAUGGGAGGAUAAUGGGCCUCUACCUGCCUGACGGCGGCCAUCUUAGUCAUGGCUUCAUGACCCAGAACAAACGAGUGUCAGCUACUUCACUGUUUUUUGAGUCCUUCCCGUACAAAGUUGACCCUGCUACGGGUCUGAUCGACUAUGACAAACUGCGGGAAAAUGCUCUCAUGUUCCUGCCGAAAAUGAUUGUUGCUGGUGUGAGUUGCUACUCGAGGAACUUGGACUACAAGCGUUUCCGCGAGAUCGCUGACGAGGUGGGUGCGCUGCUACUGGCGGACAUGGCCCAUGUGAGCGGAUUGGUGGCUGCCGGCGAGGUUCCCAGUCCCUUCGACUACUGUGACAUCGUCACCACCACGACACACAAGACCCUGCGUGGUCCUCGCUCGGGGAUGAUCUUCUAUAGAAAAGGUGUGCGGAAGGUGCUGAAAAGCGGGGAGAAUGUGAUGUAUGAGCUGGAGAAGAAGAUCAACGAGGCUGUGUUCCCUGGCUUGCAGGGGGGACCUCACAACCACCAGAUAGCAGCUGUAGCUGUAGCCUUGAAGCAGGCCGCGACGCCGGAGUUUAAGGCAUACCAGAAGCAGGUGAUGGUCAACGCCAAGGCAUUGUGCACUGGACUGCAGAACAAGGGAUACACCAUCGUGUCGGGUGGGACCGACACACAUUUAGUGUUGGUUGAUCUCCGACCUAACAAGUUAGAUGGAGCGCGUGCAGAGAAGGUGCUGGAGGACAUCGGUAUUGCCGUGAACAAAAACACCUGCCCUGGCGACAAGAGUGCCCUGAAGCCGAGCGGACUGCGCAUCGGCACCCCAGCUCUCACCUCACGUGGAAUGAAAGAGGGAGACUUUGACCGAGUUGUUGAAUUCAUUCAUCAAGCCAUCCUCCUCACUCAAGAAGUCGUGAGCUCGAGCGGACCAACAUUACGCGAGUUCAAGACAAAGCUGGCUACCGACCCAGAAGUGACCAGCAAGGUCAAGGCCCUGAAGAGCAAUGUGGAGGAGUUUGCAGUCAAGUUCUCUCUGCCCGGCUUUGAGGACUGGUAGAUGGGAAUACAUGGCCCGAAACGGGAUAAAAAUCAUUGAUAACGACCUGCCCUGACCAUGGAUAUCUCAAUCAGCAUGCUGUGCUCUUCAUCGGUCUCUCUUUCCUUGUGCUUUGGAUCAGUGUAUGGACAUCGUCAUCUGCCAUCAACUGAUGCUUUCAUGUACUACCAUAACGACACACUUUUUGUUAUAAUUGCUUCACUGAUUUUUUUAACAGGAAUAUAUACCUAUCUUGGCAAGCAGUUCAGGUUUUUUUAUAGUUUUCUUCUCCACUAUUAAGGUGGACAGGUAUAGAAAAAUAAAAAUGGUUAUAUGUGGGAGGACCUGCAACACAGCUGUUGCUUUAGGCAAUGCCAACCUGAUGAUUCAAGUGGGAAGCUGUUGUGCGUCUGCGUCCUAUCAAUUUCAGGAAAAGCAUAAAAACUAUUUUGACUCCCGUGUAUAAUGUCAACUUCAAUAGGUCCUUGUUUUGAAAUAUGUUUUGGCUGCAAUUGGCUAUCAACUUAUUGGAGGAAUGAAAAAAGCAAAUUUAGGUGUGGCCUAAAGUUUGGUAUUUGGAGUUACUAAGACUCAAAGAAUUUGAAACAUUUCUACAAUUAGAAAUUGGCAGUACUGACUAAGUCUGUAUCUCCUAUUGAAACAUGCUCUGAUUGUUUAGUGCAGUGCUGUGUGAAUGAUUUUCUGCCAGUCGAGAGAGAAUGUUGUUGAUUCAUCCUUUUGUAUUCAUAGAUUCACUGGUUUAUGGUGGUUGUAGGACUCUCCUAUAAGAUGAAACUUUUUUUAUGACUGGUAUUUUUUCAUAUUCAGUUCAUUUGUAAUGGUUUUUUCACAUCAUCAUCAUUAACAGCCGAUUACCUAAAUAUUGGGGGGGGGGGGGGGGAGAGAGAAAUGUACUCCCUGACCCAUCCAGAUGUGUUUAUAUUAGUUUCAUACUAUAACUAAAGCAAAGUAUUGAACUAAACAUUAACAACAUUCUAGAAAUCCAUGAAGUUUAACACUGGGUUCAUACAUAUUUGAAGUGUUUUGACAGCAAAGAAUGAUAGAUUGUGGGCACAUGAAUAUCAAGAAAAGUGUACCUUACAGAAAUUCAGUCAACAUGGUUAACAGAAAAGAUAGCAACAAACGUAUAUGCCAGUGAUUGCUCACAGGGUGUUGGGGGGGGGGGAUCUUGAAAACUACUUUGUGUGUAUGAACCCAGGAGCCAUAUGUGUAGAACCUCAGAGCCCCACUUGGUGCCUUUAAGUGGAGCCUGACUGGUGUUGUGUAGAACCUCAGAGCCCCACUUGGUGCCUUACAGUGGAGCCUGGCUGGUGUUGUGUAGAACCUCAGAGCCCCACUUGGUGCCUUACAGUGGAGCCUGGCUGGUGUUGUGUAUAAAGUUGUUGGGAAAUGUGCACUGUAGUGAUGUCUCGGGAGUCGCUACAGCAACUUGUAUCUGCCACAGAUGGAUGUAUCAGCUGUGGCACACUGGCAGACGUGGAUGCUACGUAUCCCAUUUUAAGUAUGAUGUCACUGUGGGAUACAUGUGCUUACACUACUUGAAUGUGUUGAGUAUUACAAUUAUUGUUAUGAAUAAAAUAAAAAAAUAUUCAUA